CUAGGAUCAUAAUAAUAAUAUAAAAGAACUACGAACACUAACAUGGUUGAUUUACAAUAUUAUUGACUAAAUGUGGAUAUAGUCAAUAGGAUUGCAAAUUCACAAUUUUCCAGCAGUCCAGCUGCAAAACACUAUUAAAAUUGGAUGUGGAUGAAAUUAAUUAAUAUAUUUAUUGAAGAUAAAUCCGUUGGACCAGCCGUGGUUUCAUAUUAGUUGGAAUGUAGCUUUUAGAUUCUUCAUGUAGCUAAUUUCUUACUCAAAGGUUGCUUCUCUUAUUAACAUUCAAAAUCAUAUAAUAUAUAUUGUUAAAAUAUAGCAACUAAAAUGACGUGAGGAACUUGUGGAUAUAGUAACAAAUCAUGAAACGCCAUGUGGUAGUUCAUAUCUCCCUAUAAAGACCAAACGGUUCUGUUUUCUUUGGCUACUAAAGAAAUAAACAUAACAUGGAGGGUCUAAUUCCGUUUGUUUAUAGAGCCGUCAUGCAAAUCCGUUACCGCGACGAGCUUUCUUCUUCUUACUAUGUUCGUCUUCCGGGCGAUUCAGGGCGGUUCGGAUCGGGUCUUGGAUCUUCGUCCUCUUCUUCGGAUACAGCGUCGUCGAAGACCACGAUCACUACCACUACGUUUGCUGUUUCCACUGGAGUUCAGUCACCCGUUCACCGUCGGGUCGUGACAUGAUGCGAAGGGAACUUGAAGAUGCGCGUCAGUGAAAGAGUCCGUGACUUUGUAAUAAGUAAUUACUAUUGGUUAGGUUAAGUGUCUGAUAUUUUUAUGAGUUAUGUAGGGUUUGGACCGGUUGAAUUCCUGAUAUGUAAUAAGGGUAGGCAGAUUGAUUCUCUAAGCGUGGGAUUUUCAACCAAAGGGUAGUCUCAUGCAUGGCUUUGUGUAUGUGUGUUUUAAGUGACUUUUAAUUGUAUAAAAAUUAUAUGAAUAUUUGAUAUACUCUUGAGAAAUUAUGGGAUUGUGGUUUUUUAACGUUGAUCAUGUUCAACGUUGUGUACACUGUAAAGUAUGUACUAUAUAUGUCGUUUGUCUAUGAUCUAUCAAAUUUAAAACAUGUACUCUAAUGGUUUCUCUAUGUUAUACCAAUCAUAAGAAUACUUAUCUUA